AUGCCAUGUGAAGGCUGCAUGGAGAGGGACAAUGUGAGCACCGGUGCAACCAUGGAAUUCCUCCUGCUCGGCUUCUCUGAGCUGCUCCGUCUGCGGGUCCUGCUCUUCCUUAUCUUUCUCAUUGUUCAUUUGCUCACAUUGGCAGGGAAUAUGAUGAUCUUCGCGGCAGUGGUCAUGGAGCCCUCACGCCCUCCCAUGCUUUUCUUCCUCUGCCAACUCUCUGCCAUCGAGCUCUGCUACACUUUAGUAGUUGUCCCCAAGGCGCUCCUCAGCCUGGUAGUGGUGGACGGCAGCACCAUCUCCUUCCUGGGCUGUGCUGCUCAGAUGCACCUCUUCGUGGCCCUCGGGGGGGCUGAGUGCUUCCUGCUGGCGGCCAUGUCCUACGACCGCUACGUGGCCAUCUGCCAGCCCCUGCGCUACGCGGCGGUGAUGAGCGAGGGCCUGUGCCUCAGGCUGGCUCUCAUGUGCGGCCUGGGAGCCUUUGCGGUUGCCCUGGGCUUGACGGCGGCUGUUUUCCGCCUGCCUUUCUGUCAGUCACACCGCAUCGACCACUUCUUCUGCGAUGUCCCUGCCGUGCUGCACCUGGCCUGCACACAGAGCUACACCCCCGAGCUGCCUCUGCUGGCUGCCUGCGUUCUCCUCCUGCUGCUGCCCUUCCUCCUAAUCCUGGUCUCGUAUGUUUGCAUCGCUGUGGCUUUGUUACACAUCGCCUCCUCUGUGGGAAGGGGCAAGGCCUUUUCCACCUGCAUUUCACAGCUGGCCAUCACCUUACUGCACUACGGAUGUGCCACUUUCAUUUACAUUCGUCCUAAGUCCAGUUACUCACCAGCUCGAGACAAGAUGGUGUCUCUGGUCUACACCAAUCUUACUCCAUUAAUGUAUCCCCUCAUUUACAGCCUGAGGAACAAGGAAAUCAGAGGGAUCCUCAGGAAAAUGCUGAGGAGGAAAAAAAUAGCUCAGGUGAACUGGGAUAGUACCAGAGUCGUGAUGUGUGUGUGUGGUAAAUUUUAG